AAUCGCCAUAUAAUGCUACAAAUGAAGAAGCUAUCUCGACAUUUUUAGUUAGUAUGUCAAUGUUUAGACAGUAGCUAUCGACGUUUUAAAAAAUCGUGGCGGGAAUGGCCUUCCAUACAAAACCUUGAUCAUCUGCCACUCCACUAGGCAAGCCCGUGCAUGGGUGUCUAAGAAACCCCAUCGAUGAGAAAAAACUCGCGGCGUGAACGGGUCUUCGCUAGUUACCACUGCCACAAAGUCAUAAACCCCGCCUUGUUCUAUAAUUAAUCUUCUUAACAUGUUAUUUUGAACCUAAACCUAACCACAGUGCUAACCGGAUGUCUAACCCUAACCUUAAAUUAAACCCCAAAAUCAGUUUUUUGUUUUAAUUAAUGUUUACGAAAGCCAUUUUAAAAUAUUGUUUUACUUUGUGGCUGUGGUAACUAGUAGAAACCGCGUGAACGUGGCAGCCAUUUUACAUCCUCAAGAGUGAAUGAGUGGAGCCGGACCAGUGCCGGGAGUUUUUACACUUUUUCCUCUUUUAAUUCUCACAUUUUCCUUCCGAAACAAUCAACACCAUACAAGUUGGUGAUCCAUCGGCAGAUUUCUGGAGACAUGGCCACAGAACAUAUUAAUGGAAAUGGUCCAGAAGAACCAAUGGACACCACUGCUGCAGUUACCCAUUCUGAACACUUCCAGACUUUAUUAGAAGCUGGUUUACCACAGAAAGUUGCUGAAAAACUAGAUGAAAUUUACAUAGCAGGUUUAGUAUCUCACAGUGACUUAGAUGAUAGAGCGAUCGAGGCUCUGAAAGAGUUCAACGAAGAAGGUGCUCUGCAAGUUCUGUUGCAGUUCAAGGACAGCGACCUCUCACAUGUCCAGAACAAAAGUGCCUUUCUUUGUGGAGUUAUGAAGACAUACAGACAGAGGGAGAAACAGGGGACCAAAGUCUCAGACUCCAGCAAAGGACCAGAUGAGGCCAAAAUCAAAGCCCUGCUGGAGAGAACUGGCUACACACUUGACGUGACAACGGGUCAGCGGAAGUAUGGAGGCCCUCCCCCGGAGUCGGAUCACUCAGGGACACAGCCCACGAUCGGUACAGAGAUUUUUGUUGGCAAGAUCCCCAGAGAUCUAUUUGAGGAUGAGCUGGUACCUCUGUUUGAGAAAGCUGGGCCCAUUUGGGACCUGCGUCUGAUGAUGGAUCCACUCAGUGGCCUCAACAGAGGUUACGCCUUUGUCACUUUCUGCACUAAAGAGGCGGCACAGGAGGCUGUCAAGCUGUGUAACAACAAUGAAAUUCGACCCGGCAAACAUAUUGGCGUGUGCAUCUCUGUGGCCAAUAAUAGACUGUUCGUUGGUUCCAUCCCCAAGAGUAAAACAAAAGAUCAGAUUGUGGAAGAGUUUGCUAAAGUCACAGAGGGUCUUAACGAUGUCAUACUGUACCAUCAGCCAGAUGACAAGAAAAAGAACAGAGGCUUUUGCUUCUUGGAAUACGAAGACCACAAAACUGCAGCUCAGGCCCGCCGCAGGCUGAUGAGUGGCAAGGUCAAGGUGUGGGGGAAUGUGGUGACUGUGGAGUGGGCCGACCCAAUAGAAGACCCUGAUCCUGAAGUCAUGGCCAAGGUGAAAGUGCUGUUUGUCCGGAACCUUGCGAGUACUGUAACGGAGGAAAUACUUGAAAAGGCCUUCAGUCAGUUUGGCAAGUUGGAGCGGGUGAAGAAGCUGAAAGACUACGCCUUCAUCCACUUUGAGGAGAGAGACGGAGCAGUCAAGGCCUUGGCCGACCUGAAUGGGAAAGACCUGGAGGGAGAGCACAUUGAAAUAGUCUUCGCCAAGCCACCUGAUCAGAAGAGGAAAGAACGCAAAGCCCAGAGGCAAGCGGCUAAAACACAAAUGUAUGACGAUUACUAUUUCUACGGCCCACCCCAGAUGCCACCUCCCACAAGAGGCAGAGGACGAGGCGGCGGCCGUGGUGGCUAUUCCUACCCCCCUGACUACUACGGCUAUGACGAUUACUACGAUUACUAUGGCUACGACUACCACAACUACCGGGGCGGCUAUGAAGACCCCUACUAUGGCUAUGAGGACUUCCAAUCUCCCGGCCGAGGACGAUCCCGAGGCGGAGCCCGUGGUGGUGGUGCCCUAUCCUCCCGGGGCCGUGGAGCCGUCACGCCCAGGGGCAGACUAGGGGGUUUCUCCCAGCGAGGAGGAAGUGGCCCUGGAUCAAGCAGAGGUGUGCAGGGGACCAAAGGGGCACUGGGGAAAAGGGCUCGAGGCCGAUCCUGACCUGUCACUAUGAAGACUGACCUACUGUGUUGGGUUACACCAAAAGCGGCAACGGAUACGGAUGGAUAAGUCAGCGAAAUGGUCCAAUAUUCCAGCCUUACAGAAGCAUCUCCCCCAAACUGCCACCUAAACAAUCACCAGAUUAUUUAGAUACACACACACACACACCACCACCCCCCCCCCCCUCCCCCAAUGCCAUUUUAGAUAAUUAUUGAAGAAUUUGCACUUUUUAAGUUUUAGUUUGAAGUGGCUCAAAGGAGCUUGAUGCUAUUGUAUAUUUUUGUGCUAAUCGGAAUUUUUAUUGUCGGAAUAUCCAUGUUAAUCUUAAUCGUUUGAUUUGGAUGUUUGAAGAGAACAUCUGCAGGUUUUGGGUGUGACCACCAGGCAUGGAUAAGUCAGGCAUUCCAGGAAAGUGGUUCUUUUCAGAACUUGUCUUUUAAAGGGUUGGUUAACUACCUCAGUACAGAGGAUUAAACUACCCUGCCUGUACUGUAAAUAGGGAAACUAUAUUGAUGAAAGCAGGGCUUGUUUCCUACAAAAUAUGCACAAGAGCAGCAGAACAACCCGAAAGUACUUAAUGUAAUAUAGUAAUUUUGUUGCAGUUCUGACACUGCAAACAGUCAAACUGGCCGUGCAAAAUAAUUGCAUAUGAUGAGCCUGAACAAGCCCUGCUUUUAUCCUAUUUUCAACUGAAUUAGCUGCCUUGCUUAUUCAGAUUAUUGUAGUUACUGGUUGUAUAGUUUGGAAAAUGUUACUUUUGUAAAGGCUUGAACAUCAACGAAGGCAUCAACUGCCUUUGAAAAAGCCCUGCAGUGUCCCUUUGCCACUCCAAUGGAUAAAAAUAAAAUAAAAAAAGAAUAGAACAUAAUUAUGUUCAGUCAGUUACCCCCCCCCCCCCCAUUUAGUUUAAAAGAAAUGUCCCAAUCAUGUGAAAUCUUGAACAGUCCCCCUCUAACUCUAAGCCAGCUACUAUUUAGUUAAGCCACUUGAUUGAAAUGAAUUGCCUGUGUGCCUGUAGCUGUUUCAGGGGGGUGGGGGAUCGUUGUCAUUGUGGUCAAAGGGAUACUGCAGCUAUGAUUUGUAUUCCAUGUAUAGCGAAAAAGGAUACCGAACUAUUCAUCCGGUUUUGUACACAGUUAACUCCCUCAAUAAAAUCAUUACAACCACCUUUUGAAAAGAUGUUAGCAGUUUUAAACCAUUGUUGGUGGCCAACAACGUUUUUUGCAUUCCUGCAAAUAAAUUGUUUUAUACUGUAAAAUGGAGGUGAGUGUAACUUAUUUUUGUAAUAAAGUUUUUGAUUUCUAUCU